UCCGCAUUUGUGACGACACACUGAAAUUAAUCCAAUCGCGGAGGAAAUCUUACUAACCUCAUUUGAAUACCGCAUCUAUAAAUAAACGUGGCUUUGGUGCCGCGAGUUAUUUUCCCAGCUCUUAGUUAUAGCGUUUUAACUUCACGUCGCAAUGCCUGAACCCACCAAAUCCGCCCCGGCCCCGAAGAAGGGCUCGAAGAAGGCGGUGACCAAGGCGCAGAAGAAGGACGGCAAGAAGCGCAAGCGCAGCCGCAAGGAGAGCUACUCGGUGUACGUGUACAAGGUGCUGAAGCAGGUGCACCCCGACACCGGCAUCUCGUCCAAGGCCAUGGGCAUCAUGAACUCGUUCGUCAACGACAUCUUCGAGCGCAUCGCGGGCGAGGCGUCGCGCCUGGCGCAUUACAACAAGCGCUCGACCAUCACGUCCCGGGAGAUCCAGACGGCCGUGCGCCUGCUGCUGCCCGGGGAGCUGGCCAAGCACGCCGUGUCCGAGGGCACCAAGGCCGUCACCAAGUACACCAGCUCCAAGUAGACUUGCCAAAUGAACAACUUCAGCAGUCUCCUCCUUGACUUAUACUCCCACUGCCCUCCACACCCUGGCGGCAGCAAAGAAGACUUAGGAGAGGUGGAGAUCACGCUGGGGAAAGUUCAGGGUUCUUAACCUUCAUUUUGGUGGCGUGGGCACACAGCGCUACAUAGAAGAAAACGCUCCCUUUGCUUUACAUGGACAGCGGCACUUGACUGACCUUUCCUUUCACCAACCAUGAAAUUGCUACCGUGGAAAGGGAACAGGAAUUGUAGAAAAGUGAAGGACUAACGUUUUCGAAUUUUGUCUAAAAGUUUAACCGUGAAUGUUAAGCUGCAUUUCAUAAACACAAAACAAUAAAAGUAUCACAGCCAAA